AUGGUAGCCGAUGCGGACGUGCUGGUCCUGCUCCUGAUGAGCUACCCUCGCCGCCGGUACCGGCAGCCCUACAGCAUGCACCUCAUGCUGUAUAACUGCAUGUUCGGCCGCCAGAUGGAGACGGAACAUGUCAUCAGCUUCCUGCUGCACGCACAACCAUCCCAUGGUGCUGAAGAACCGGAGGUCCUGCCGAUCGUCGGUCCUGGCAUGGUCGGCAAGACUACGCUCGUCACUCAUGUCUGCAAGGACGAAAGGGUCCGCGAUCGCUUCUCAGAGAUCGUGCUCCUGAACGACCUCGACUUUACCGAUGCUGAUCUGGCUGCUUUCAGACGCAGAUGCUCAGUAAGAAAUGGUAACCGUGGCUCCAGCUGGAAUAGAAAAGAUGGGAAAUUUCUGGUCGUCGUUGAGGUUGCCGGGGAUUUCAACGAGGACGCAUGGAGCAGGUUGUACUCCGCAUCUAAACGGUGGGUCCCACGUGGCAGUAAAAUCAUAGUCACAAGCCGGUCUGACAAGAUCACCAAGGUUGGAACAGUGCGGCCUCUAACUCUGGAAUUCCUGCCGCGCGAGGCGUACUGGUACUUCUUCAGGACGCUCGCGUUCGGGAGCGCGGAUCCCGGGGCGUACCCGAGGCUCGCGAACAUGGCCAUGGAGGUGGCUGGGAACAUGAACGGAGCUUUCAUCAGCGCGCACAUCACCGCCCGCUUCCUGAGGGGCAACUUGGACGCUCGCUUCUGGGGCAAGGUCCUGGCCCUCUACAGAGAGUUCGUCGACAAGCAUGGCUCUAGAUUUGGGGGCAACCCAUUUGCUACCCUGAACCAAGGCGGACCAGCACUUUUUGGAAGCAUGGGUGGGGCUUUUGCGGAUCUCAUGAUCCAUCACCACAAUGAAUGCUCCUCGCCCGUGGAGGUUCCAGAUGUAAUGACGGUACAAUGGCUGGAUUUGCUGAUGUUAGGAAGUGAGGUUGUUAUUAGGGCCCAGGGGAAGUUUCAGUUCAUGUGGACUUCUCCGAUACCACCCUACUACAGCCACAUCUACACUUGUGAGAUUCUAGGGAGCAAACCAGCAGCCGCCAAGAGGAAGCGUUCUGUGGAAAAUGGUGUCGCACUUUCUUAAUUUCUGUUC